AUGGACAGCACCAAAGAGGAAUACGACCAGCUCGCUGAUCAUUUUCAUGACUGCACGAGGAAGGUUAAGGGUUCUAAAACCACUAAGAGACGCCUGCCUUCGGAAACUCUAGAGCUGAUCAUGGCAGUGAAGGUUGAUGGUCGACAACUACACUAUUUACGCAUUGUUGAUGACAUUGUACUGAUAACAUCUAAAAUCAGCCAAGCGGAACGAAUAGUGACCAAGUUCGACAAAAAUUGUGGAUGUAUCGGUCUUCAACUGAAUCUGCAAAAGACGGUGUUCAUGCGUGACGGAUGGCUUUUGGAAGCCUCAUUCACGCUCAGCGGAACGAACAUAUCCGAAUACACCAGAUACGUUUAUCUGGGUCGGGAAAUUAACAUGAAGAACGACCUGACCCCCAAGCUGCUCAGGAGGAAACGAGGGCUUUGGGAGCGUAUAAGAGCAUCGAGAAUGUAG